UCGUUCCCUCUCCGGCUGAAAGGCUCCUCCGCUUUGUUUCCCCUCCAGAGGGCUCGUCGGCUCGUCGCUCGACUGGCGUGGUCUGAAGCGCGGGCCUUUUGAGCGGGGCCCAGAGGCAGAGAGGAGAAGGAAGGGAAGGUCGAUGGCCUCGGUUCUGGAGGAUCCUAUCUUGCUCCGUAAUUUUAAAGGUCACAAAGACGCAGUCACCUGUGUUGCCUUCAAUCCCACUACUAAAGCACUUGCUACCUCUUCCUUAGAUAGAUUUCUUAUGAUAUGGAAUUUGAGGCCAAACUCCAGAGCCUUCAGAUUUGUGGGCCAUGUAGAAGGUGUAACAUGUGUACAGUUUUCACCAGAUGGACACUUGCUGGCUUCUGCUUCUCAAGACAGGACAGCAAGGCUGUGGAUUCCUUGUAUUCAUGGCGAAUCUACACCAUUGAAAGGCCAUACUGCAACAGUCCGCAGUGUGAACUUCUCACAUGACAGUCAGUUUCUCGUUACUGCAUCCAAUGAUAAGUCAGUAAAAGUGUGGAGUAUUUACAGACAAAACCUUUUGUUUACCUUAUCCCAACAUACACACUGGGUGAGCUGUGCCAAAUACUCACCAGAUGGAAGAUUAAUAAUAUCUUGCAGUGAAGAUAAAACUGUUAAAGUCUGGGAUAUAAGGAACAAGACCUGCAUUGAUAGUAUAAUAGAUCAUGAUGGAUUCACAAACUAUGCAGAUUUCAGUCCUGAUGGUACAUGCAUAGCUUGUGCAGGUUCAGAUCAUACAGUGAAGAUCUGGGAUAUUAGAAUAAAUAAAUUAUUGCAGCAGCACCGAGUUCACAGGGCUGGUGUCAACUAUGUAUCUUUCCAUCCUUCUGGCAACUAUCUCAUCACGGCUUCGAAUGAUGGUACCCUUAAGAUUAUGGAUCUUUUAGGAGGAAGACUUUUGUAUACCCUUCAUGGACAUAAGGGGCCUGUCCUUUCUGCAGCUUUUUCGAAAGGUGGGGAAACAUUUGCCUCUGGUGGUACAGAUGCACAGGUAUUGCUAUGGAAAACAAAUUUUGAUGCAUUUGAAUAUAAGAAAAUGCUCAAAAAACAUACGCAAAAAACACGUAUUAUUGAUCCUCCUCACCUUCUUGAUAUUUACCCAAGAUCUCCUCAUCGUCAUGAUGCGAAAUCAAAAUCCAUAGAGAUAGAUCCCAGCUAUGAUGUAACAGACAUGCAAACAUUUGACCCACUAGUCAUAGAUAUUACCUCUUCAACCUCUUUGAUGUCUCCGACAAAGGCUCAGCGGGAUCCUCGUGCUUUAUCCUCCCCAACAGUAUCAAAAAGACGUUUGGAGGGUGAAAACAGACAAAUAUUGCCUUUUACGGAUGAGCCAGGCACCAUGGAUGAGCCUGUAGGCAUUUCUCCAGUUCUGACUAAUGCCUUGGAGCAUAUUGUUGAGCAACUCGACAUUCUGACUCUUACUGUCUCAAUCUUGGAGCAGCGCUUGACUCUGACAGAAGAUAAACUGAAAGAAUGCUUAGAGAACCAAGAGAAGCUGUUACUUUCUGUUCAUCAAUUAAAAUAACUCAUAUGUAUCUUGAUGUACACUUUUUAAUAUAUAUUCAGGAAAUAAUGAAUGCCGGUCUUGAAAUAAAGCAAACAAAAAGUGCCUGUGAGAAAUGUACUAAUCAUUGAUAACAUUUUAACUUGUAAUUUUUUAAGUAUUAAAUAUAUUUUGCUUAUUUUCUGAA